UGCGCACGCGCGCGCGUCAGAACUAUUUGCUUCCUGAAGUCUCCAAACGCCGGUAAGAAAGGUUCUGCAGGGCGGAUGCCGCGACCUCGUGAACUCCUGGAGCCUGUCAGAAACAAUCUGAUAGAUGAUGCCAAAGCCCGCUUGAGAAAGUUUGAUGUCGGGAACAGAUAUGCCCACUUGUCCUCUAAUAAAUACUCUGUCCUUCUGCCACUGCUGGCCAGAGGAGGGAAGCUGUACUUGCUGUUCACAGUCCGCUCAGACAAGCUGAGAAGGGAACCUGGAGCAGUCUGCUUCCCUGGAGGAAAGAGGGACCCGGUGGACACGGAUGACACAGCCACUGCUCUCCGUGAGGCCCAGGAGGAGGUGGGGCUGCAGCCCCACCAAGUCGAGGUGGUCUCCCACCUGGUGCCGUAUCAGCUUGAUAAUGAUGCGCUGGUAACUCCCGUAGUGGGUUUUCUAGACCACAACUUCCAGCCCCAACCUAAUGCUGAUGAAGUAAAGGAUGUGUUCUUCGUGCCUUUGGACUAUUUCCUCCAUCCCCAAGUCUACUACCAGAAGCACAUCACACACUCUGGCCACCAUUUCAUCAUACAUUGCUUUGAGUACACAGACCCUGAGACUGGUGUGACAUACCUAAUCAAAGGAAUGACCUCAAAACUGGCUGUGUUGGCUGCCUUAAUUAUUUUGGAAAAGAGUCCUUCCUUUGAGAUUGAGUUUGAUCUCUGUGACCUGAUACCAUCUUGUGAAAAGACCUUUCUUCGUAGAUAUUCUUUAAGCAAGCUGUGAAGACACCAAAACCCAAAAGAACAUACAUUAUGGUUUUUGUGUGAAUUUAUGCUCAGAACAACUGCACCAGCAAGUGGCAUCUGACAGGUGUGACUAUUUUCCUACAAUGUGUGUCUGUAAGGGCCUUGCCUGACUUGUUGUUGCUGCUUUAGAACACUAAAAGUUUUUUCAAAACUGGAAAAAAAUGCACUGGCAGGGAGAGAUGGCUCAGUGGUUAAGAGCACUGACUGCUCUUCCAGAGGUCCUGAGUUCAAUUCCCAGCAACCACAUGGUGGCUCACAACCGUCUGUAAAGGGGUCUGAUGCCCUCUUCUUGUGUUUCUGGAAACAGCUACAGUGUACUCAUAAAUAAAAUAAAUCUUUAAAAAAUGUCACUAUUACUAGUCAUGUUAGGGGUAUCUGUCACAUAAUAAGCACUUAAUAAAUAUUUGUCAAAUAUAUGUCUUACCAUA